AUGGGAGAUCGCAAGACCAGACUGAGAAGUGCACGCAAGAAGGAGCUGAAGAACAAGCAGAAGGAAGAGGAGAGGCGGCGAAAAGAGGAGAAGGCAAAGCAGGCUGCCGCCACAGCAAGCUCGCAGGUUAAGAAAAAUAUAGCUACUGAAGAUGAAGAAAUGGAUCCAACGCAAUACUUUGAAAACAGGCUGAAGCAUCUUGCUACACAGAAGGCAGAUAAUAAAAAUCCAUAUCCUCACAAAUUCUUUGUUUCAAUGACUCUGCUUGAAUAUGUAGAAAAGUAUGACGGCUUAAACAAUGGGGAGCAUCAGGAGGAGAUCAGUGUAUCGCUAGCUGGGCGAAUCAUGAGCAAAAGGUCCUCCGGCUCUAAGCUUUUCUUUUAUGAUUUACAUGGUGGCGGUGAAAAGGUUCAAGUCAUGGCUGAUUUAAGCAAAUCGGAGUUGGAUGAAUCUGAAUUUUCUAAGUUCCAUUCUAGUGUUAAGCGUGGUGAUAUUGUUGGAGUGACUGGGUUCCCAGGGAAGACGAAGAGGGGGGAGCUGAGCAUUUUCCCAAGAUCAUUUAUAGUCUUAUCACAUUGUCUUCAUAUGAUGCCAAGGCAUAAAGCUGGUCCUGCUUCUGAUAAUGCUAAUGCGAAGAAGACUGAUGGAUGGGUCCCAGGAAGCCCAAGGGAUCCUGAAACUUAUAUUUUAAAAGACCAGUAUCUUGCACGCAAGAAGGAGCUGAAGAACAAGCAGAAGGAAGAGGAGAGGCGGCGAAAAGAGGAGAAGGCAAAGCAGGCUGCCGCCACAGCAAGCUCGCAGGUUAAGAAAAAUAUAGCUACUGAAGAUGAAGAAAUGGAUCCAACGCAAUACUUUGAAAACAGGCUGAAGCAUCUUGCUACACAGAAGGCAGAUAAUAAAAAUCCAUAUCCUCACAAAUUCUUUGUUUCAAUGACUCUGCUUGAAUAUGUAGAAAAGUAUGACGGCUUAAACAAUGGGGAGCAUCAGGAGGAGAUCAAUGUAUCGCUAGCUGGGCGAAUCAUGAGCAAAAGGUCCUCCGGCUCUAAGCUUUUCUUUUAUGAUUUACAUGGUGGCGGUGAAAAGGUUCAAGUCAUGGCUGAUUUAAGCAAAUCGGAGUUGGAUGAAUCUGAAUUUUCUAAGUUCCAUUCUAGUGUUAAGCGUGGUGAUAUUGUUGGAGUGACUGGGUUCCCAGGUUUGGGGGAGCUGAGCAUUUUCCCAAGAUCAUUUAUAGUCUUAUCACAUUGUCUUCAUAUGAUGCCAAGGCAUAAAGCUGGUCCUGCUUCUGAUAAUGCUAAUGCGAAGACUGAUGGAUGGGUCCCAGGAAGCCCAAGGGAUCCUGAAACUUAUAUUUUAAAAGACCAGGAAACUCGUUAUCGUCAACGUUAUCUGGAUUUAAUGUUGAACACUGAGGUUCGACAAAUAUUCAAGACCAGAUCUAAGAUCAUUCAAUAUGUUAGAAGGUUCCUGGACAAGCGUGAUUUUGUGGAGGUUGAAACUCCGAUGAUGAAUAUGAUUGCUGGUGGAGCGGCUGCCCGCCCUUUUGUGACUUAUCACAAUGAACUUGACAUGAAGCUUUUCAUGCGCAUUGCACCUGAACUAUAUCUCAAGCAGUUAAUUGUUGGUGACCUGUCUCGUACUGGUGUUUAUGAGAUUGGAAAACAAUUUAGAAAUGAGGGUAUUGAUUUGACUCAUAAUCCUGAGUUCACUGGCUGUGAAUUCUACAUGGCUUAUGCAGACUACAAUGACUUGAUGACCCUGACCGAGGAAAUGUUGAGUGAGAUGGUCAAGGAACUCACUGGUGGAUACAAAAUCAAGUAUCACUCGAAUGGGCUCGAUAAGGAUCCAAUUGAGAUUGACUUCACUCCUCCUUUCAGGAGGAUCGACAUGGUUGAUGAAUUAAAUAAGAUCGCAGAUCUCAACAUAAAUCCAGCAGAUCUCUCUAGUGAUGAAGCUAACAAAUAUCUUAAGGAGGCAUGCAAGAAGUUUGAUAUCAAAUGUUCUCCUCCUGAAACAACAACUCGUUUGUUGGACAAGCUUGUGGGGCACUUUCUGGAAGAGACUUGUGUAAAUCCUACAUUUAUCAUUAACCAUCCCGAGAUAAUGAGUCCUUUAGCAAAGUGGCAUAGAUCAAAAAAGGGCUUGACUGAACGUUUUGAAUUGUUUAUCAACAAGCACGAGCUCGCCAAUGCAUACACUGAAUUGAAUGAUCCUGUGGUACAACGCCAACGAUUUGCUGAUCAACUCAAGGAUCGACAAUCAGGUGACAAUGAAGCAAUGCCUUUGGAUGAAACAUUUUGUAGAGCUCUUGAGUAUGGUUUACCUCCAACUGGCGGUUGGGGUUUGGGCAUCGACCGGCUCUGUAUGUUGUUAACUGAUUCACAGAAUAUCAAGGAAGUUCUUCUCUUCCCGGCUAUGAAACCACAUGCUGAGCCUUCUGCUAAAGGUGCUAAUUCUGAUGUUGGAAGACCUUUCUGGCAUAAUUUUAAAAAUCUUCUGGUGUCCCACUUCUUGCUUCUUGCUGAGAGAGAAUCCCACAUCGGGGAAUUAAAGCCUUGCCAUAGUUUAAAUGAUCUUGAGUAG